AAUGCUUUUGGAGAGACGUAAACGGCAGCAGCAGCAGCAAGGUUGCUUCAUGUUUCGCAAGGCGGGGGCCGGGGGCGUGCCAAGUGACGAACUUACGGCCAACAAACAACAGCAGCGGCAACAACAACAACGGCGGCAACAGCAACUGGCCCGUUUGGAGCAGCGCGCAUGCCACACACAGUUUAAAUAUGUGAAAUUAGUACAAAUCGUGAUUUCAACAGCGAACGACCGACGACGAACGACGAAGCGGCGAAAACAACAACAACGAACGUGUGUCGGGGGAUCGUAACGUCAACGUUUCGAGUGGCAACAGCAGCAGCAGCAGCAAUAACAACAACACCGUCACGUCACGUCGCACCUUGCGCGCGCGCGCACUUUACAACCCCCCACAAAACAACCCCACCACACACAUAAAAGAGAGAGAGAGAGAGACAGACAGAAGGAACUCAGCAACUUCCUUGCUUCCCCCAGCAACAACUUUCACCACACACACAAUGUCCAGCAGCGGCGCCGCAGCGCAGUACAAACUUGACGCCAACUCCAAUGCCAUCGUUUUGAUUACGGACGCUGCUGGCGCUGUCGCAGCGCUGCCACCGUCACCGUCAGCACCUGGCGAUCGCAUCGAAUGGUCGCGCGCCACAAUAUUGGGAUUCAUCGAGGACUAUCGACGUCAGCGCGUCCUUUGGGACCCCAACACGAAAGGCUAUCACAUCAAACAAACAAAAUACGAGGCGUUAAAGCUGCUGAGUGAGAAAUAUGGCACCGAAAUACGUUCGAUACGUUCGAAAAUUAAAUCGCUGCGCUCGUCAUUUCAUCGCGAGCAUGGCAAGGUGCUCAAUGGACGCAAUCGUGGUGUGCAUUAUCAGCCCAUGUGGUUUGCCUAUGAAGCGAUACGUUUCAUCUUGGAUGGUGACGUCGACGUCGACAGCAACGUCGCUGCCUUGGAUGCUGCUGCUGUCGUUGAGCCGGUUGCUGUUGAUUCGGAAGCGGCUGAUAAACUAGCCCUAAUGCAUAGCCUAGAUUUGGAACAGCUGACAGCUGCUGGCAAACAGCAACAGGUUGUUGAGCAGCAGCAGCAGCAAAGCGAAGAGUUCGCUGCUCGCGUCGCUGCUGCCGUCGCAGCUGUGGCAGCCGCUGCGGCAGCGAAUAUCAGGGAACGGGAUCAUCAUUUGCUGCUGGAUACCAACAACGAUGCAGCGACCUCCGAAGCUAACUCAAAUGGAUGUGCGGGCGUUGGCAGCGACGCGACUGCAGCAGCAGCAGCAGCGGACGCAGCAGCAACUGCAUCAGUCUCAGCAGCCGUGACACGUUCCUCUUCCGAUUUGGACGGCGAGAAUUAUUGCAAUAUUAGCGCCGAAGAUGUGAAAACUGAAAUUAUUGAGCAUGAAAGUGAGCUGGGACUGCUCGAUCGUCAGACGAGCACACCGCUAUCGCUGAGUUACUUCAAGCCCACGGAUCUGACGUACAAUCCUCGGAAGCGCAAGGCGCAGAAUCCGAUGGAUGACAAUGAUGAUGGUGGCAGUGAUUGUGGAGUGGGAGAUGCUGCUGCUGCUGCAGCUGCAGCUGGGCCUGCCGGUGUGGGCGUUGGCAUCGUUGGGGGCGUGGUUGGGGCGCUGACACUGACGCCAAUCAAAUCAUCAUCGAUGCAGUCGCAGUCGCAGCCGCUGUCGUCGCAACAGCAGCAGCAGCUGCAGCUGAACCACAGUCAGAUAGCAUUUCAUGCACUGCAACAACACUUUAGCCACAGCCACAAUCUCAGCCACAGCAGCCACAAUGGCAAUGGGCAUUCACAGCAGCACUUCCAUCCCCAUCAUCAUCAGCAGCGGCAGCAACAACAUUCCAAUAACAUGGCACAAAAACGUGAUCGUGAUCGUGAUCUCUCUUCCUCGCCAACUGAGGCCAACAACAACAGCAACAACAACAACAACAACAACCACAGCAGCAGCAGCAAUAGCAACAAUAAUAAUAAUCGUAAUUCGUCCACAUCCUUGGAGCUGACAACAGCGACAGCAGCAACAACCAGCAACAGCAGUAGCAGCAGCAGCGGCAUAUCCUCAAGCCUCAAGCUCAGCACCAACGCCAACAACAACAACAGCAGCAGCAACAACAUCAGCAGCAAUCAUGUGGAUGAGUAUGGAGUGUUUGGGGAAUACGUGGCCAUCACCAUACGUAAGCUAAAGACAUCAAAGUCAAAGAUUGUGGUCAAGCAUCUGAUCAAUAAUCUGCUCUACGAAGCAGAGCUGGGUAAAUAUGAUCAGGGCAUGCCAGCCUCCAAGGAGCCGCCGCAGCUCUACAAGAUGCAAUAGUCGAUAGUUAUCGAUAUCUAGUACGCGGCUUGUAGUUAACAAAAACAAAAAAAAAAAAGAAGAAAACAAAACAAAGCAAAACAAUAUUAUGAUAAAGAAAGAAAAACAAAUGAGGGGUAUCCAAUCCAGAGAACGCACUAGUCAGCAAAAUCAGAGAGCGAGCGAGUUAAUUGUGGAUAAGGGGGAUAAGGGGGAUUUAGCCAAGCGCAUUUCAUUCAGGGACAAAGACCAUUUAAGUACUUUAUACACUAAACAUACAAAUUAAGCAUACGUAGUGAGAGAGGAGAACAUAUCAACAACAAUUGUGAAUGAUAUCAGUGAAAAUCAGUCAGCAACCCACGAAGAACAGCAAAAUGUCAACAUACCAUUAAAUGAAUUAAAUAUUACCAUAUAUACAUAUAUAUAUAUAUAUACAUUUGUACUAUAUAUUAUUAUAUACAAGAAUUUUUUCAGUUCAGUUUUCAGUUUUUAGUUUUGUUUUUUUUUUUUACGUUUAUUUACAAUUUAAUUUUGGCAAUAACACUUUUUGAACUCAGGUGCCUUUAUUUUUCGUAGUCAUUUAAGCGUUGUUAUCUUAUGCAUUAAUGAAUCAAUCAAUACACAUAUGUAUGUACACAUACCCUUACAUAUUUACAUAUAUUUUCAAUAUAUAGUCGUAGUAGAAUCUACGUUGAAUCAGCAACGAAAAACUGUAGCCACAAUAUUAAUGUAUAUAAUUAUUAAGUCAAUUAAUUCUCUUACGGAUCGGAUCAUAUGCGAAAUGCUAAAACUUAUACUAUGCAUAUGCAUCCAACUUAAAGCGCUUUGUACAUAUUAUAUGUAGAAUGGAGGAAGCGAAACAAAACCACUUUGUAAUAAUUAUUUCAUAAGUAUCUAUUACCAAUUUUGUUACUGAAACUAAUUUGAAUUGAUCUAAAGUUAACUAAUAAAAAGAACACUGUUGAAUUAUUUCAUUUU